UUGCGCUUGUAUUGUAGCAUUCUCAAAAACUGGUUGAACCACACUAGUCAGUAUAUUUUCAAAUCUGUUUCAGGGUCUCUUGAAAGAAAGGGGAUUUUUUUUUGAAGUUUGAAAAGGAGAAUUCCUUCAACUGGACUGGAGACAGCUUUCCAAACCCUAUUGGCGGGAAGGGACGCCAUUGAAGAAAGAGGGUUGAUCGAUCGUUGGUUGUUGAUUUGUGGGAGAUGGGGGCUGUAAUAGUGUUAUCUCUGCCGUUGAUUCUGUUUGCUUUACUGCUGGGGGUGGGGUGCUACCUAUGCGGACGAGCCAAGGGCAGGCGAGAAGCAUAUGCGAAUGCCCAGGUAUUCGGAGCCCCAGCUCCACCUCCGGGCAGCGUCGCAACCACCACCACCAUUUCUUCUUAUUCCGACAAAGCUUCUUCGCGUGUUUGAUUUGCGAUCUGAUCUGCAAUGGCUUUUGAAACUUUUUGAAUGUGUCUGUGGGUGAGAGCUUGUAAUUACAUUACAUACACAUGUCGGAUUGGAUUUGAAUUGUCCCUAGUAAAUUAUCCUAAAUUUUAACCCUAUCUAAAUGCAGCCUGUCUGUCUGUCUGUGUUGAUACUUGGUAGUGUGUGUAUGGUACAUACAUAACAUGAUGGAAACACGAAUCUUCCAACUCACUUUUCUUGGUUGGUUGGGUUGCGUCGUCUGAAAAUGAUGAUAUGAUGAUGAUCCGAUGCCCAAACCCCAUCAAACCAAUCGCAACCAUCCAGCUCAGCCCAGAAUAAUACUCAAUCCAACCUUAUCCGCCUUCACAGCCACUAAUCCCUUCUUUCCCCAUAUCCAACAAAUCUCACCAUCAUCCCCCCCCCCCCGCCUCCUCCUCCUCCUCCAUACUACCACUACCUGUGUUUUUGCAACUCUCAUAAUCAAUCUCAUCUCAUCCCUCUGAACAACAACCACUGCAGCAGCAGCAGCAGCCGGUAAUAAUAACAAUAGUCAUAAUAAUGU